GCGGCGGCGAACAUGUUCUCAGUGCGGAUAGUGACUGCCGACUAUUACAUGGCCAGCCCGCUGCAGGGGCUGGAUAUCUGCCAAUCCCCCGUCACCCAGGCCCCUGUCAAGAAGGUGCCGGUGGUGCGAGUCUUCGGAGCGACCCCGGCAGGUCAGAAGACGUGUCUUCAUCUACAUGGCAUCUUUCCUUACCUCUAUGUGCCAUAUGAUGGUUAUGGACAGCAGCCAGAAAGCUAUCUUUCUCAGAUGGCGUUCAGUAUCGACAGAGCACUUAAUGUGGCUUUAGGCAAUCCAUCUUCCACUGCUCAGCACGUGUUCAAAGUGUCAUUAGUUUCAGGAAUGCCUUUUUAUGGUUAUCAUGAGAAGGAGAGACACUUUAUGAAGAUCUAUCUUUACAAUCCUGCAAUGGUGAAAAGGAUAUGUGAACUUUUGCAAAGUGGAGCCAUAAUGAAUAGAUAUUACCAGCCUCAUGAAGCGCAUAUUCCCUACCUCCUACAGCUCUUCAUUGACUACAAUCUGUAUGGAAUGAAUUUAAUUAAUCUGGCUGCUGUCAAGUUCCGAAAAGCAAGAAGGAAAAGUAAUCCAUUGCAUCCAACUGGAUCUUGCAAGGAUCGGCUACCAGGAAAUUCUCUUACUGGUACUUUAUUUCGGUGGGAAGAAAAUGAAAUACCAAGCUCAUUAAUACUGGAAGGUGUUGAACCUCAGAGUACAUGUGAAUUAGAAGUGGAUGCUGUAGCUGCUGAUAUCUUAAAUCGGCUGGACAUUGAAGCUCAAAUUGGUGGAAACCCUGGUCUACAGGCCAUCUGGGAAGAUGAAAAGCAACGGCGAAGAAACAGAAAUGAAACUUCUCAAAUUAGCCAACCCGAAUCACAAGAUCGCAGGUUUGUGCCAGCAACAGAAAAUGAAAAAAAAUUUCAGAAGAGACUUCAGGAAAUUCUCAAACAGAAUGAUUUCUCUGUAACAUUAUCAGGAUCUGUGGACUACAGUGACGGAUCCCAGGAGUUCUCUGCUGAGCUAACAUUGCACCCUGAGGUUCUGUCUCCUGAAAUUCUGCAGUGUACGCCAGCUAAUAUGGUAGAAGUCCAUAAAGACACAGAGUUGAGCAAAGGUCACACUAGACACAAAGUGGAAGAAGCUCUUAUUAAUGAAGAAGCAAUUUUGAACCUUAUGGAAAAUAGUCAGACUUUUCAGCCUUUGGCUCAAAGACUGAGUGAGUCACCAGUUUUCUUGGACAGUAGUCCUGAUGAGGCUCUGGUACGUCUUCUUGCUGGUUUGGAAAAUGAUGGAUAUCAGGGAGAAAGAAAUAGGAUGCCGUCACAAUGUCACUCCUUUGGAAACACUAAAAAUCUCCAAAAUAGUGAUGAUGAAGAAAAUGAACCACAGAUUGAAAAAGAAGAAAUGGAGCUUAGUCUGGUGAUGUCUCAGAGAUGGGACAGCAAUAUUGAAGAACAUUGUGCCAAAAAGAGAUCACCGUGCAGAAAUACCCAUAGAAGUUCAACCGAAGAAGAUGAUUCAUCUUCAGAUGAAGAAAUGGAAUGGAGUAAUAACAAUUUGCUUCUAGGCAAUCUUUCUAUACCUCAGUUAGAUGGAACUGCAGAUGAAAAUAGUGACAAUCCAUUGAACAACGAAAAUUCUAGAACCCACUCUUCUGUGAUUGCAACAAGCAAGCUAUCAGUAAAACCUUCCAUCUUUCAUAAAGAUGCUGCUACUUUAGAACCCCCAUCUUCUGCUAAGAUUACCUUUCAGUGUAAACACACAAGUGCCCUUUCUUCCCAUGUUCUGAACAAGGAAGAUUUAAUUGAAGACCUUUCACAGCCAAACAACACAGAAGAAGAUCUAGAUCGUUCAGUUGCUUCUUUUACAAAUGAAAGCACUUACUCUAUGAAAUACCCUGGAUCUCUAAGCAGUACUGUCCACUCAGAAAACUCUCAUAAAGAAAGUAGUAAGAAAGAUAUCGUUCAGGUAUCUUCCUGUGAAAGUAGUAUUUUUGAUUAUGAAGAAGAGAUUCCAUCUGUUACAAGACAAGUACCAAGUAGAAAGUAUACAAACAUUAGAAAAAUUGAUAAGGAUGCCCCUUUUAUACAUAUGAACCGUCACACUUGCGAAAGUACAUUGGGCAAAAAUUCUUUCAACUUUUCUGACUUAAGUCAUUCAAAAAAUAAAUUAUCAUCUGAAGGAAAUGAAAAAGGAAACAGCACAGCUCUGAAUAGUUUAUUCCCUUCAUCGUUAACUGAAAAUUGUGAAUUGCUGUCAUGUUCAGGGGAGAACAGAACUAUGGUGCAGUCUCUUGAUAGCAUUGCUGAUGAAAGUGGACUGAAUAAACUUAAAAUUAGAUAUGAAGAAUUUCAAGAACAUAAAACAGAAAAGCCAAGCCUCAGCCAGCAAGCAGCACAUUACAUGUUUUUUCCCAGUGUUGUUCUUUCUAAUUGUCUCAGUAGACCACAGAAACUCGCUCCUGUCACAUAUAAACUACAACCUGGCAAUAAACAGUCCCGGUUAAAAAUGAGUAAAAAGAAACUUGUAGGUCAUCAAGAAACUUCUAGCAAAACUAGUGAGACUGGAUCCACAAAAGAUAAUUGUAUGCAAAAUAAUACUUGUAAUAGUAAUUCUGAGAAGGAUAAUGUAUUGGCCAGUGAUUUAAUUAAAGUCACCCGUGGAGCUUUUGAAAAUAAAACACCUACAGACAGUUUUGUAGACUGUCACUUUGGAGAUGGAAGCUUAGAAACUGAGCAGUCCUUUGGAUUGUAUGGAAAUAAAUACACACUUAGAGCCAAACGCAAGGUAAAUUAUGAGACUGAAGAUAGUGAGUCAAGUUUUGUAACACACAACUCAAAAGUUAGCCUACCUCAUCCCAUGGAAAUUGGCGAAAGUUUAGAUGGAACUCUCAAAUCUCGAAAACGAAGAAAAAUGUCUAAAAAGCUGCCUCCUGUCAUCAUAAAGUAUAUUAUUAUUAAUAGAUUUAGAGGGAGAAAAAAUAUGCUUGUGAAGCUAGGGAAAAUAGACUCUAAAGAAAAACAAGUAAUAUUAACAGAGGAAAAAAUGGAACUUUAUAAAAAGCUUGCACCUUUGAAGGAUUUUUGGCCAAAAGUUCCUGACUCCCCUGCAACCAAAUAUCCCAUUUAUCCACUAACACCAAAGAAAAGUCACAGAAGAAAAUCAAAACAUAAGUCUACUAAGAAAAAACCUGGUAAGCAACAAAGGACAAAUAGUGAAAAUGUUAAAAGAACUUUGUCUUUCAGGAAAAGACGGUCACAUGCUAUUCUUUCUCCUCCCUCACCAUCUUAUAAUGCUGAAACCGAAGACUGUGACUUGAAUUAUAGUGAUGUUAUGUCUAAAUUAGGUUUUCUUUCUGAGAGAAGCACAAGUCCCAUAAAUUCUUCUCCACCUCGCUGCUGGUCUCCCACAGAUCCAAGAGCUGAAGAAAUUAUGGCUGCUGCAGAUAAGGAAGCAAUGCUUCUUAAGGGUCUUAACGCAUAUAAUAGCAAGACUGUUAAUUCCCGUAUGGAAAAAAAUAGUCGAGCAAGAACACAGGUUAAGAAAUCAAAAACAAAGCUUGUUAAUCCUUCUGUAGUUACUAAGAAAAGGAACAAACGAAAUCAGACAAGUAAACUAGUAGGUGAUGGAAAAAAGAAACCAAGAGCAAAACAGAAACAAAAAACAAAUGAGAAAGGUACGUCAAGAAAGCACAUAACACUUAAAGAUGAAAAAAGAAAAUCCCAGUCUGGUGCUGAAGUUAAGUUUGUGCUGAAACAUCAGAAUGUGUCUGAGACCUCAAAUAGUUCUGGAGGCUCUCAACUACUUUUUAAACAGAAAGAUGUGUCCCUAAUGGGCUCUGCUAUAGAUCAUCCCCUUUCUGCUCCCCUACCCACUGGAAUUCGAGCACAACAGAAUUUAUCUGGCUGCUUUUCUUCUUUCUUAGAAAGCAAGAAGCCUGUGGAUUUGCAAACAUUCCCCAGUUCACGAGAUGAUUUGCAUUCAUCAGUUGUUUGUAGUUCUAUGGGACCUGGAAUCUCAAAAAUUAAUGUUCAAAGGUCUCAUAAUCAAAGUGCUAUGUUUACUCUAAAGGAAUCAACCUUGAUUCAAAAAAACAUAUUUGACCUUUCCAACCAUUUGUCUCAGGUAGCACAGAAUACACAGAUAUCUUCGGGUAUAAUGUCUCCAAAGACAGAAGAGAAUGCAAAUACACAAAAAAACUGUUUGUCAUCUAUCGGAAAGUUAAAUGACUAUCAUAAUUCCCUAGAGUCAAAGCCAGAUCAGACGUAUGCCCCAAAUUUUUCACAGUGCAAAGACAGUCAGCAGCAGAUUGUGUGCAUGGCAGAACAGUCAAAGCACAGUGAAACUUGUUCUCCAGGAAAUGCAGCUUCAGAGGAAAGCCAAAUGCCUAAUAAUUGCUUUGUAACUUCCUUAAAAAGUCCAAUCAAACAAAUAGCAUGGGAGCAAAAACAAAGGGGCUUUAUUUUAGGUGUGUCAAAUUUUAAACCUGAAAGGGUAAAACAAAGGUCAUUGUCAGAAGCAAUUUCACAAACCAAAGCACUUUCUCAGUGUAAAAAUCGAAAUGUGUCAACACCUUCAGCGUUUGGUGAAGGACAGUCUGGGCUGGCAGUUCUAAAAGAACUGUUACAGAAAAGACAGCAGAAAGCACAAAAUGCAAAUACUAUGCAAGACCCAUUAUCUACUAAACAUCAACCAAACAAAAAUAUUUCUGGUUCCCUUGAGCAUAACAAAACAAUUAAACGAACACGAUCGGUAACAUCUCAAAGAAAACCUCGAACUCCCAGAAGUACAAAACCUAAAGAAAAAGUUCCCAAACUUCUUAAAGUAGACUCUCUUAAUUUACAAAACUCUGGCCAGUUGGACAACUCCCUAUCAGAUGAUAGUCCCAUCUUUUUUUCAGAUCCAGGUUUUGAAAGUUGUUACUCACUUGAAGAUAGUUUGUCUCCUGAACAUAAUUAUAAUUUUGAUAUUAAUACAAUAGGUCAAACUGGAUUUUGUAGCUUUUAUUCUGGAAGUCAGUUUGUCCCAGCUGAUCUGAAUUUGCCUCAGAAGUUCCUAAGUGAUGCCGUUCAGGAUCUUUUCCCAGGACAAACUAUAGAAAAAACUGAGUUUUUGAGUCAUGAUAACCAGAAGUGUGAUGAAGACAAACACCAUGCCUCAGACUCAACCUCAUGGAUUAGGUCCAGUACUCUAAGCCCUGAACUGUUUGAGAAAUCCUCCAUAGAUAGCAAUGAGAAUCAUUGCCACAACCAGUGGAAAAGUAGCUUUCGUCCUCUAACAACUCGGUCUAAUUCCAUCAUGGAUUCUUUCUGUGUCCAGCAGGCAGAGGACUGUCUAAAUGAAAAAUCCAGAUUGAAUAGGAGUUCAGUAAGCAAAGAAGUGUUUCUUAGCCUUUCUCAGCCUUGCAAUUCAGACUGGAUUCAAGGUCAUACCAGAAAAGAAAUAGGACAGGCUCUUGACUCAGUCAAUACCUCUUUUACCACAAUACUAUCCUCACCUGAUGGUGAACUUGUGGAUGUAGCUUCUGAAGAUUUAGAAUUAUAUGUUUCAAGAAACAAUGACAUACUGACACCAACUCCUGAUAGUUCACCAAGGUCUACCAGCUCUCCUUCACAAUCUAAAAAUGGCACUUUCACCCCUCGAACUGCUCACAUUCUGAAACCACUUAUGUCCCCACCAAGUAGGGAAGAAAUUAUGGCAACAUUGUUGGAUCAUGACCUUUCGGAAACUGUUUACCAGGAACCUUUUUGCAGUAAUCCUUCUGAUGUACCAGAAAAGCCCAGGGAGAUCGGCGGACGGCUUCUCAUGGUAGAAACUCGACUUCCAAAUGAUCUGGCUGAGUUUGAGGGAGACUUUUCCUUGGAAGGCCUUCGUCUAUGGAAAACAGCAUUCUCAGCAAUGACUCAGAAUCCAAGACCAGGGUCACCCCUUCGCAAUGCCCAAGCAAUUGUCAAUAAAGGGUCAAGUAAUAGCCAUAAAAUGGUUGAAGAUAAAAAAAUUGUGAUUAUGCCUUGCAAAUGUGCCCCAAGUCGACAACUGGUUCAAUCAUGGCUUCAAGCCAAAGAAGAAUACGAACGUUCCAAGAAACUGUCUAAAAUUGAGCCAACUGGAGUUAUAAAAUCUGCUGAGAACUUCAGCUCUUCAGUUAACCCAGAUGACAAACCUGUAGUGCCUCCAAAAAUGGAUACAAUUCCACAUAUACCCCCUACUACAUCACAUACCAAGGAAGAUGUUGAUAAUUCUCAGCUUGCUUUACAAGCGCCAACCACAGGAUGCAGUCAAACUGCAAGUGAAAGUCAGACACUGCCACCAGUUGCUGCUUCAAAUGAUCCUGAGGAAGAUGAUGAUGACUGUUAUGUUAGUUAUAGCUCCCCUGAUUCUCCCCUAAUUCCCCCUUGGCAACAAGCAAUAUCCCCAGAUUUCAAAACCUUAAAUGGAGACGGCAGAUCCUCAUCGCCAGUAGAGGAGCUACGUUCCUUGGCUCUUGAGAACUUGUUAAAGCCGGUGAAAGGUGAUGUACAGAAAAGCCCCUGCAGUGAGCCUCGGGAGCCUCUAGUGAUAUCUCCAAUUAACGUUAGGACGAGAACUGGGAUGUGUGAAUCACUUUGCCUUCACAGUACACCAAUCAUACAGAGAAAACUUCUGGAAAAGCUUCCUGAAGCAACUGGCCUUAGCCCUUUAUCAUCAGAACCAAAAACGCGGAAAUUGAGUCAUAAGAAAGGAAGUAAUACUGCCACUCUUAGAAGAGUACUCUUAACACAAGCAAAGAAUCAGUUUACAUCAGUAAAUACCCCAAAGAAAGAAACUUCUCAGAUUGAUGGACCAUCUUUAAACAAUACUUAUGGUUUCAAAGUCAGCGUCCAAAACUUACAGGAGGCAAAAGCUUUGCAUGAGAUACAAAAUCUUACCCUAAUCAGUGUGGAGUUACAUGCUCGAACUAGGCGAGAUUUAGAACCAGAUCCGGAGUUUGACCCAAUCUGUGCUCUGUUCUACUGCAUCUCAUCUGACACUCCACUACCGGAUACAGACAAAACAGAACUCACGGGUGUAAUAGUGAUCGAUAAAGACAAGACAGUCUCCAGUCAAGAUAUCAGAUAUCAGACCCCAUUACUUAUUAGAUCUGGAAUUACAGGACUAGAAGUUACCUAUGCUGCUGAUGAGAAGGCACUUUUUCAAGAAAUUGCAGCUAUAAUAAAGAGAUAUGAUCCUGAUAUUCUGCUAGGGUACGAGAUUCAGAUGCAUUCCUGGGGUUACCUCUUACAGAGGGCUGCUGCCUUAAGUGUGAACUUAUGUCAGAUGAUCUCUCGGGUGCCAGAUGACAAAAUUGAGAACAGAUUUGCAGCUGAAAGAGAUGAGUAUGGAUCAGAUACAAUGAGUGAGAUAAAUAUUGUUGGCCGAAUUACGCUGAAUCUUUGGAGAAUCAUGAAAAAUGAGGUGGCUCUAACUAACUACACCUUUGAAAAUGUGAGCUUUCACGUUCUUCAUCAGCGUUUUCCCCUCUUUACCUUCCGAGUCUUAUCAGAUUGGUUUGAUAACAAGACAGAUCUAUACAGAUGGAAAAUGGUUGAUCAUUACAUUAGCCGUGUCCGUGGAAAUCUCCAAAUGUUAGAACAGCUGGACGUGAUUGGGAAAACCAGUGAAAUGGCUAGACUUUUUGGCAUUCAGUUUUUACAUGUAUUGACAAGGGGCUCACAGUACCGUGUGGAAUCAAUGAUGUUGCGUAUUGCUAAACCAAUGAACUAUAUUCCUGUGACACCUAGUGUACAACAAAGAUCCCAGAUGAGAGCCCCACAGUGUAUUCCCCUAAUUAUGGAGCCUGAAUCUCGCUUCUAUAGCAACUCUGUUCUUGUUUUGGAUUUCCAGUCACUGUAUCCUUCUAUUGUGAUUGCAUACAACUACUGUUUUUCCACCUGCCUUGGCCAUGUGGAGAACUUGGGCAAGUAUGAUGAGUUCAAAUUUGGCUGUACCUCUCUAAGAGUACCUCCAGAUUUACUUUACCAAAUUAGGCAUGAUAUCACAGUGUCCCCCAAUGGAAUAGCUUUUGUCAAGCCUUCAGUAAGAAAGGGUGUGCUACCAAGAAUGCUUGAAGAAAUUUUGAAGACCAGAUUCAUGGUGAAGCAGUCGAUGAAGGCUUAUAAGCAAGACAGAGCCCUUUCACGAAUGCUCGAUGCACGUCAGCUAGGACUUAAGCUUAUAGCAAAUUGCACACUCGGCUAUACAGCUGCUAAUUUCUCUGGGAGAAUGCCAUGCAUUGAGGUUGGGGAUAGUAUUGUUCACAAAGCCAGAGAGACCUUGGAACAAGCUAUUAAACUGGUGAAUGAUACCAAGAAGUGGGGUGCUAGAGUUGUAUACGGUGAUACUGACAGUAUGUUUGUACUACUGAAAGGAGCCACUAAGGAGCAGUCUUUUAAGAUUGGUCAGGAAAUUGCUGAAGCGGUAACUGCUACCAACCCUAAACCAGUGAAAUUGAAGUUUGAAAAGGUAUAUUUGCCCUGUGUCUUACAAACAAAAAAGAGGUAUGUGGGUUACAUGUAUGAAACACUGGAUCAAAAGGACCCAGUAUUUGAUGCAAAAGGAAUAGAAACAGUCAGAAGAGAUUCCUGCCCUGCUGUUUCUAAGAUACUUGAGCGUUCUCUAAAGCUGCUAUUUGAAACAAGAGAUAUAAGUUUAAUUAAACAGUAUGUUCAACGACAAUGUAUGAAGCUUCUGGAAGGAAAGGCCAGCAUACAAGAUUUUAUCUUUGCCAAGGAAUACAGAGGAAGUUUCUCUUAUAAACCUGGAGUUUGUGUGCCAUCCCUUGAACUUACAAGGAAAAUGGUUGCUUAUGACCGGCGCUCUGAGCCUCGAGUUGGGGAGCGAGUGCCAUACGUCAUCAUUUAUGGGACCCCUGGAGUACCACUUAUCCAGCUGGUAAGGCGUCCUGUGGAAGUCCUGCAGGACCCAACCCUGAGACUGAAUGCCACCUACUAUAUCACCAAGCAAAUCCUUCCACCCCUGGCAAGAAUCUUCUCACUUAUUGGAAUUGAUGUUUUCAACUGGUAUCAUGAAUUACCAAGGAUCCAGAAAGCCACUAGCUCCUCUCGAAGUGAACCUGGAGGGCGGAAAAGCACUAUUUCACAAUAUUUCACUACCUUACGCUGUCCUGUGUGUGAUGACCUGACUCAGCACGGCAUCUGUAAUAAAUGUCGGAGCCAACCUCAGCAUGUUGCAGUGAUCCUCAACCAAGAGAUUCGAGAGCUGGAACGUAAACAGGAGCAGCUUGUAAAGAUAUGCAAGAACUGUACAGGUUGCUUUGAUCGACAUAUCCCAUGUGUUUCUCUGAACUGCCCAGUACUUUUCAAACUCUCCCAAGUAAACAGAGAAUUAUCCAAGGCACCGUAUCUCCGGCAGUUACUAGACCAGUUUUAAAUUGUCAAUAUCACAAAAUCCCAGGUGCUAUUUUUUUCGGUGUUUACCACUAGACUGUUGUGCAUGGUGCUUUUUCAACUUUCAUUGAGUCAAGUAUGUCAUUGUCUGUUAUCUGAAGACUAUGAAGACUUCUAUGCUAACUGAAUUAAAAACUGUACUAGUUGAUCUCUGAAUAGCUCACUUCUUACAAUGUACAAAGUCUUCAUCCUUUCACCUUUUUAACAUUGUUUUAUAAUGCAGGUGUUGAAUUUGCUCCAGUAUGUGUAACAUCUUGUAAAUCCAUUUGAGUAGAUCAUAUUUACUUCCCUGUGGAAGGAGCACUGAAAACCUCUUAAAAAAAAAAAAUUCGUGUGUUUCCUUGAACUGUCUGUAUCAAGACGUGUUACUUAGAGAUAACCCAUUCACUUCAUAAUUUUGACUGCGAAAUAUUUUGUAAAUACACUUUUUUACUUUUCAAACAACUGAGUAAAAUAAUGUGCAAUGAAUUUUAUACAAAUGAUUUUCAAGUUGUUUGGUAUAUUUCCUCUAGGUUUUGCUUGACUCAGAGUAGAGUUGUUAUUUUGAUCAAACUGUGCAAACAAUAGUACCAUGUGUAGCAUUUUGAAACAUUAUUUUCUAAAACCGCUGUCUUGCUUUAGCUAUUAAUGGGGCAUUGUGAGGAACUGUGCAAAGACAUUUUUGUUACAAACCUGUGGGCCUGUUGCAAUACUUUAAAAAUAAAAAAAUUUAUUCCAUUUUUGCUUGUUUUGUAUAGACAUUUCUAUUGCUUCUAAAUAUGCUUAAAAUAUUUUCUUUCCUUAUGUACUGUACAGUUAAUCUUAUUUGCCAUCAUCUUGAACACAAAAUGUGUAUUUAGAAUAUUUGUAUAACUGUAUAAAAUGAAAAAGGAAUUAUGUGGUCAGUGCAUUGUUUUCUAAACUGGAAAUCAUUUUGUUUUAAAAGUUAAUAAUGGAAACCAUAUUAAAAUUGAAUAAAAUAUGAAAUACA